AAUUUACAUCAUAUUACAAGCCUUACGAUUGAGCUGACCUACACAAAACCCAAAGUUCCCUGUAACAGAAUAGAGGGGUCCACAUUUAAAUAUCUAUCAAAGCUGAUAAACUUUUUUCAGAAUGAAGGCAGUUUGGAGAAAAGGCCAAAAUCACAGGUUGCCCCUCAGGGAAGAUUCAAAGGGAGACAGCCAUCCAGUAAAGGCUCAGCAAAAGGAAAAGUUCAACAGCAGGAAACAGCACCAAUAAAAGGCCAAUCGCACCUGCGAAAACGUGCUGAAGCACCAGUUAAUCGUGAAUAUAUUGAUGACGAACCAAAGAAUGGUAUCUCACGAUACGUCAUUCUAACCGGAUUUGAAGACGCAAAGUUACUAUCGGAAUUGUGUAGACUGAAUGUCGACGUACACAGCAUCAUCAGGUUGAAAGUGGAGGACGAAGCACGCUUUCGAGAUUUAUUGACCCAGCAACAAGCUGAGAAAAUGUGGGGGAAGAAAGUUGAGGAAAGAAACGCGGACAAAGUGGAAGCCGAAAAAUUGAAGCUGGAGCUCCGUGAAAAAAAGCUUAAUGAAUUUUGGCAACAAGUAAAUAUCCUCAUGCGAGAUAAUCCGAACGGAAUGCUUGGAAACAUCGCAACGCUUGACUACCGAGUCAAGCCGGAAUUGUUGCCAGACAGUCUUGUCAAGCUUGAAAGCCGAAGCGCCUUUGGCAUGAAGAUGUUCGAUGGGCUAUCGGUACUGCUCUAUGACCUCAUUGAUUUCCGACGACAGUGGGAGAAUUACUUAAAGCACUUGAAAGUCAUAUCACUUCCGGAUUUUCGAGAGUUAAUGCCUGCUGGCAGUCGUGAGCCCUUGCCAGUGACAACCACGCAAACUGCUCAUAUCGAGUCUUCCCUAGGUGAAGAGGAUACCAGCUCACGCAGCCCUGUUGGGAUAUCUACUGACUGCACUUGUAAUCUGACUACAUUGAUUGACAUGCAGAAGUACAGUCAGACUCUGGAGGGGAUCGCUGUCGAAGACACCAGUAUCGAACUUAUACUACAUGCAAUAGUCGAACAGGUAAGCGCUUCAAAAACCACAGUGAAAUUGGAAGACGCUGAACCAGAAGGAACGUUUGGGAUCCAGGAUGAUUUGAUAGCAAAAGAGUUGACUGAAAGUUCCACGGAUAAAACGGUAAAUGAGAGUGGAUUUUCCUGCCUUUGCUUGCCACACAAUGCAGUUCAACUUCCCAAACUCAAUCCACCAAUGGUUAUACACCCACAUGAUAACGUGACGUACCUCAGUUAUUUUGGUUCCGACAAACUUCAGAGCCCGACCAAACUGAAACGGGCACUGCUGGACGUAAUAAGUACCUGUUAUCCAGAUGUGGUUCGAAACACUGUGCUCUCAAGCUUAGAUAACCCUGGGAAAUUCGAGUUCAAGGACGAAUCAUCCACACACAUAUCGAAUUCAGAGUCUUUACGAAGGUUACGUUGCCAGCAGCUGGUGCACUUUGCGCGGAAGUCUGGAUGGACUCGUGAAGAGUUCGAACAUGAGCUUCUAGAGGCCCUGUUCGAGAACCUGGCACAUGUCUUGGAGGGUAACGUCUCUUUACACGAUUCUAAUUCGUCGGAAAUACCAGUUCACUCCACAUUCGAGGAAUGCCCUUUUGGAAACCCUUAUCUACCCUACGAAGAGUUUGUUCGAUUUGUUCUGCACAACGAAGAAGCAUCCACGCGUAGCAAUGAGCAGUUCCCCCAAAAGUUCGGUGACCUGGAUGCAGCGCACAUCGGGGUUGAAAAGGAGUCUGUCCAAACCGAUUUUACUAACGGCACAAUCAAGGAUCAAAGAGAUCAGCAUCCACAGGCCAGAAGCUCUGUUCCAUCGGACCAGGUCACUAGUCUUGACUCAGCUGCAAAUCUGGAGUGGUGUUCAACAAAUUCUAAGGAAUCGGAAAGAAAGCUCACCAGGGAAGAUCAGACACAGCAGCUCAAGGAAAUUCUCGUUAAAAUCCAACUGAAAUACUCUGUUCAGACGGGAGAUGUACCGGAUACGCAAAACAUACAUUUAGAUCGGGAAAAGAUGUGGGUGCUGCUAAAUAACCAUCUUCAAAACCUAUCAGACUACUGCAUUGAAGAACCAAUGGACUGUACCGUGAUGCCUGUCGUUAUGAAUUGCCUCGGGUCGAUGUAUUCAAUCGAGGUCAAAAUGGAGAGUACCUUCUCGUUGCGCAUCACCCGUUUGAAAGAGGGCUUCGUUCGAGCAAUCAGUCCUGGAAAAAAUGGUUCCACGCAUCCAACAUUGGAUUUCCGCUUGCAGGCCUGUCGUUAUGAAUUGCCUCGGGUCGAUGUAUUCAAUCGAGGUCAAAAUGGAGAGUACCUUCUCGUUGCGCAUCACCCGUUUGAAAGAGGGCUUCGUUCGAGCAAUCAGUCCUGGAAAAAAUGGUUCCACGCAUCCAUCAUUGGAUUUCGUGCAUAUUUACAACAUUUGGAACAGUAUAUUAAUUCUUGGACCAAGCAACAGGAAGCAGAACAAUACGAUCAGCAAGUUAACCAGGGUGACUUAAGCAAGUCCGAAAUAACACCAGUCCGAUCGUGGAAACCCGCCGCAGUUUCAGAAAAGGAGUAUUCUGCCUAUGUCACCACCGAUUCUUUGAAAGCGACCAAGAAAGAGCAGGAAGAGCAAAAAGAAGGCGGAUAUAGACGUGCGGAAGGUCGGGGUGCCAGGCGUUUGCUGCAAUCCGAAACAAAAACCCAACCACCUGUAGGAUCCAACGAUAGUGAGUUGAAAGAUACACUAGAGAAAAGAGACAAUCAAAAUCCUACAAAUCAAUUGGAAUCUAUUGCAAAUGAAGGCGGAAAACCUGUAGAAGAUACAGCUACCGAGGCCGUUCCCCAAAAACAUGCAUUUUUAGGAUAUGAUGUACUGAAUGUAGUACCUCACUGGAGUGGGGAGACCACUCACCUAUUUCCAACUGAUGGGGCGACGGUGAAGACGCAACAAUCUCAGUUGCCAAACGGUGAAUCCCUACUGCGCGUUAGUCUGUUGAAGGAUGGACACGUUUUCACGAUGCAUCGUCUGGACGGACCAGUUGAUCCCAGAACAGCUGAUACUCAGAAAGCCAUUGUUUGGAUCUCUUUGCGAGGAGACUUUGCUAACUUGGAAUGUGCGAACGAUAUUGUCCUCAUUUUUGACAAAGAGCCGCAGAAGGGAGUGAAGGAUGUCACGGAAAAUUUGGGUGCCCUUAGUGCUGUUAACCAUCCCGGAUGGAGUCUGCUUGACCCUUCUUGUGUAUGCCCAGAGACAUUGAGAAAUAUGGACAUCGAAAUGGAGAAAAUCAGAGCAGCCGUUGUGGACAAAUCCCAAGAUGAUCACGGCGAAACAUCACAGCUGUUACCAAAACGAGACGACCCUACGGGAGGGCAAACAUUACACUUAUCACUUCCCGACGGCACACAGCUAUCUUUUAUUCAGUCUUUGUCUGCAACACCGAACGAAGAUCCAUCAACUGGUUUUUCUGAGAUUGGACCGGCUGGAUCAAUGGCUACCCAUGGUGACUGUUCAAAUCGUGGCGAGUUCAAACUCACAGAAAAUAAAAAGAGAACAACAAUAAUUAGAAUGCGAGCAGCCCCAGAAUCGCCAACUGGUGUUUCCAUCAAGACGAGAAGAGAAGAAACGGAAGUUGAACGCUAUCUCAACAAAGAUGGAGUUGUAAUUAGUCUGUUACGAAAAGAUCUCCACGAUACGUCAGACGACAAGCUUGGAAUCAUACUUUUAUUUCCAAGUGGAGACAGAAUGGAAACAAAUACUAUGGAUUGGAAAACACUUAAAACAGUCGAACAACCGGCGUUUGCAUCAGAUGCCACGCAGCAAGAGCCAGCGGAGUCAACAAAACUGAUGAGCAAUAUACCGGAGACGAGAGGAACGACAGGAACACCUGAAACCUCAAGAAGAGGUCGCUCGGAUGCCAGACGUUUUGAGACACGGCCCAGUCGCUCCAUUAAUGGCGCUCGUGAAUCCAAGCUAUUGCCCUCAAUCUCAAUCUCCCCAUUCAAAAGUCCGCUGAGAGACCUGUAUUUAGGAAUCAAUCUAUCAGCUUCCGUUUCCAAUGCACAGCUACCUAGCUCCGUCAAAUCAUCGGUGGACGAAACCGUGGCAGAGAACGAAGUCGGCGUUACAAAAGAAAAUUCUCGAAUACCAUCCGCACAUCUCACUAUUUCUGACAACGUUGAUGCCGCGAGUGAAAAAGUAACGGAAGAUGUUGUCUUAUGGCUUGUUACACUGGUAGCUGGCACCCGAUACUGGCUGAAGACGAGAUCCAGUCCAACUGGCAAUAAGUCUUCCAAAGAACAGACCACUUUGGACAUCCUUCCGGCUCGUUCUUUUCUAACGGUGCACCGUUCUUAUGACCCUGCUACUGGUCAGACAGUGCUUACGCGCCCAGAAGAUUCCCUGAUACUGUGGCAUAAAGCAUCAGCUGAUCAUAUCAACCUAAUAGUUCAACAUCCGGAUGGAACGCGUCAAACGCAGCUGAUGUCCUACCAGAAUAAUGUUGGAUCAUUCACAAAAGCCUGUGGAAAAAAAUUUGAUCCUAAUUGGUUAACCGAAUGUAGAGAACUACCAGCUCAACUCGUGAUUCGUACAGAAUGCCCAGGAUUUCCAACGAUCGUGCUUGAUCAUUCCACUGGAGAAUUGGAAACUUCUCUGUUUGCUCAGGACAUCGAAGGUUCAAAACUGUUUUCAACGGCAGAUGGCAGGCACCUGUUAGUGCCCAAACAAGGGGGAGAAGUGAGUAUUAUGUCAAACGGGAAGGUGUUCUACACCUCCUCCCCGAAGACACUGGUUGAUCAUCCGGAAGCUGGCGUUUUUCAAACUGAGUACGCCAUGAGAUAUGAUGGAGAUUCAGUCAUGUUUGAAACUACUGAUCCAAGUGGAAAUAUGUUCAAUGUUGACAAUAUGGCAAACUGCAACGUGUUACUGACAGCUGAACACUCUGGUGAAAUGGCUGAAGAGGAUUCCAAAACUGUGGAUAGGCUUGCGGCUGAAAUGCUAGAGGACAUUUUGGAUGGGACUGCCGAUGAUACUGGUGAGGUCCACCAGAUGCCAACUAGGUGUGACGAGCACACCCCACGCUUCUUUCUGUUGAAUACAAACACGGGACGUUCCAGAGAACUAAUGCGGUUACAGACCGUAGUGGACCUGUUCUCCGAUGCACGGCAUGUGAACUGCUUGCCGGCGAACUCUGGUUUGUCGAGUUUCGAAGAAGAAAGUAAAAUGGGCGAGGAUUCCGAACUCCCCCAGGAAGACGCUGAAAUCAUGAAUCAAGGCGAAGAUUCCAUCAUAGUUCACGAGCCGUACCCGGGAAACCCUGGGGUCGAUUCGAUACCAAAACAACCACCGGAAAACGCAGAAGGACAAUUUUCAGGCAGUGAGUCGUGCGAUCAACCGCUCCCUGAAUGCGCAAACCAGCAAUCGGAAUUUCGGCCUAUCCCCACAACACACGCGGAAGAGGAGUGCCAAAGAAGUGAUCCUCAGAAGCAACAAACACGACACCACCAACAGCAACAGAAACACGUAUUUUGCCGCAAAUUUCUUCAAUUUACCACACCAAAAUCAGAGCGCCGAGAAAAGUUGUCUAAUGUUAGGAGAGGUGGCCAACACCUGACUUGGCAGAGAAGCAUGAAGGAGAUCACGAAACGCCUGGGUGCUGUCGAUGCUACUCACCUUCCAGGAUGGGGACCGUGUGAUCCUCGCUGUGCAUGUUUGGGGACACUACAAGAUAUGGCUGCCAACCGAUGUCAGUGGCGUUCUUGUUGUCAGUUUCUAUCCAGAUUGCCUGAGCUUUCAAAUAAAUCAUGGUUGUACGGCAGUGAUGCAUCGGUGUUGAACACUGAUGUCAUGCUGUCGAUGGUGGUGAUGAUGAUGGUGAUGAUGAUGAUGAUGAUGACGAUGAUGAUGAAUGUUAGGGGGUUUACUGGUACUCCUGAACGAACGUAUGUGCGGUUUUCUGGUUCUGGAGAACUUGCC